AUGGGAAAAAAUGAUACAAUACUGCUACAAGUACCCGCCGCUGGGUACCCAUUGCGGAACUGUCGUGCGAAACCCAUUUCAAAACCACACCUUCACGCUGCAGAAGCUUUGCCUCCAUUGUUGCACACUGCAGAAGCUUUGCGUCCAUUGUUGAGUUCAUCUCUUCUCAUCAUGGAAAAAGGGGAAGAACACUCAUCUCCCCUAACACCAUCUAGCUCAAAUCUCCCAAUCACGGGCAUACUGUCAACUUCUCUAACAUUCAGAAAUUACAUGCACAUGCACGGUUACUAUGGAGAACUUCCUACGUGGUCACCAGGUCUAAUGCAACAGCCAGAUGGCUACCAAUAUCCAUGCAAUAUUCAAGAGUACGAUGCUGGUUACCCAACUUCUGUUAUGACUACUAGAUCCGUCGCAGACGAAAAAGGUGAUAUAGAAGACUUGUCUCCCGAAACUGAUAUCCCAUGUACCUCCGCUAAAGUUGAAGAAAGCGGAAAAGAUAGAGCAUAUUGUAUGGAAAUUGAGGAUGUCGUUGCCGAGAAAACUCAGUUAGAUGAUGGAAUUGGUAGUGACAUGAUUGAGGAGCCCAAGUUGAAGAUGGGGUUUAAUUAUUUUGAAGAAGUAAUGACUUAUUACAAGCAGUAUGCUAAGAAUAUUGGGUUUCGAGUGAUGACAAGAAGGACUGAGAAGGGAGAUGAUGGGACUGUCAUAUAUGCCACCCUUGGGUGUGCCCGUGGUGGGAAAGCCCAUAAUAGGACAUUGAAUGUUGCCAGGCCACGUCCGACAGGAAAAACGGAGUGUAAAGCGAAGAUGAAUGUCUUAAAAGUUGAUGGAAAAGUCUUAGAUACAAAUGAUCUGGCUGGUAUCCGAAUGAAUAAGAGCUUCAGAUCUCUUGUCGUUGGCGUGGGAGGUUUCAAAAACCUGCUGUUUUUGGAAAAGGAUUGUCAGAAUUACAUCGAUAAGGCCCGACAUUUACGACUUAGUGCUAGUGGUGCUGGAGCACUUCGGGAAUAUUUUUUGCGGAUGCAACACAAGAAUACUGGGUUCUUUGCUUCCAUGGAUUUAGAUGACGACAAGAGGUUAAAGAAUGUCUUCUGGGCAGACCCCCAUAGUAGGGCAGCCUAUGAAGAUUUCGGUGAUGUGGUUACAUUCGACAUCACAUAUCUGACGAAUAGAUAUGGGAUGCCAUUCGCACCAUUUGUUGGUGUAAACCACCUCGGCCAGUCAAUUCUUUUGGGAGCUGGAUUGAUAUCCAGUGAGGAUACGGCAACGUUUGUGUGGUUAUUCAAGACCUGGUUACAGUGUAUGGAUGGUAUAGCUCCUAGAGCUAUUAUCACUGAUCAGGACAGAGCAAUGAAGAAUGCUAUUACUCUUGUCUUUCCACAAAGUCGACAUCGAUUUUGUUUGUGGCAUAUCUUGAAAAAAGUCCCUGAAAAGCUUUCCUCCUAUUCUGCCUACAAAAGUGGAAUGAAAAAUGCUUUGAUGAAAUGCGUGUAUGACACCCAAAAUGUUCAAGAGUUUGAAAGCGCUUGGGAGCAGUUAAUUACCACUUACAAAUUGGAGGAGAAUAGUUGGCUGAAAAUUUUAUACACUGAGCGUCAGCAUUGGGUACCGGCAUUCUUGAAAGAUUCUUUCUGGGCAGGGAUGAGUACAACGCAGCAGAGCGAGAGCAUGAAUGCUUUUUUUGAUGGUUAUGUUCACGCGAAGACAAACUUGAAAGAGUUUGUCCACCAGUUUGACAACGUAUUGAAGAAGAAAAUUGAGAAUGAAAAUAACGCCGACUUUCACUCAUUUAGCAUCACAAUUCCCUGCAUAUCUAGAUCUCCGAUCGAGAAGAAGUUUCAAGAAUUAUACAUGAAUGUAAAAUUCAGGGAAGUUCAGCGAGAACUGCAAUGUCUUAUAGAUUUGGCCCCAGAGUUACUAAAGAGAGAUGGUAGUGUAAAGACAUAUCAUGUAGAGAUGAAGCAUAUUUUGAUUGUAUUUAAGUCUAAUGGUAUAAAAGAUUUGCCAAAUCAGUAUAUUUUGGACAGAUGGAGGAAGGACAUUAAGAGGAGGUACACGUUAAUCAGCAGCUAUGAUGUAGGGGUUCAGCGAGCAGAUGCUAACAGAUAUUCUACUUUGUUGAAUAUCUGUUAUAAGAUGAUUACUUACGCUGCGGGUUCAAAAAAAUAUACCGAGGAUGCAACACAAAAGUUGUAUAAGAUGAUUGAGUUAUAUAGUGAGAACCAAGAACCUCCAUCAAGAACAUGCACGGGUUCCAAUGUUAUUCCUUCGAUACCGGAGACAGCUACAUGUGCUGGUUCACAGAAAGUACUCAGUCCGCUAGUAGUAAGAGGGAAAGGCAGACCACCAUCUCUGAGGAGAGCAUCGAUAAUGGAAAAAGAGAUGCAAAAAGUUAAAGCGAAGGCAAAGAAUGCAACAGUCAAGGGAAAACGGAAACAGAGGGAUGGAGGAGAUACACCAUUGCUGGAUAUGCGUAGGAAUUUAUUUGGCUCGUCUGAAAAAGAUAUGUGUGAAGUUGGAUUGUCGCAGGUACUCAUUAAUGAAUACUUUAGCAUGCUGACCCCUGGAUCCGAGCAUUCUACAGCAUAUAAUCCGAAUGUCUUCCUAACAGAAAGUAUAUUGAAGGGGCACGGGUUGGAUUGCUACACAAGUUGUGCAAUAGCCUUCAGAAGGUCUUUCACUAACUAA